CACACACUAUUUUCCCGCUGCGUCGCUUCGCACCAUAGAAAGCGGCCGUGGCGGUUCCCCGUCGAAGGCGUGCUUGGGAAACAGUUUCUGAAAAUAUGGCACUCAAUGCAGAGGAUGAAGAGUUUGAUUGGGAACCUCCUUCUGAAGCCGAGAUGAAGGUCAUCCAGGCUCGGAGGGAACGUCAGGAUAAAAUUAGCAAGCUCAUGGGAGACUACCUCCUGAAGGGUUACAAGAUGCUGGGGGAGACGUGCAGCCAGUGCGAGACGAUCCUGCUGCAGGACCGGCAGAAGAAGAACUAUUGCGUGGCCUGUCAGGAACUGGACUCUGACAUCGACAAGGACAACCCGGCACUCAAUGCACAGGCUGCGCUGUCCCAGGUCAGGGAGCGGCAGCUGGCAGCUCAGGACUCCCCGCAGGUGGGCGGGGCCUCGUCCGGCGACUCCUCCCUCUCAGUAUCCGGGCUCCCACGGCCCGAGCACUGCGAGGGUGCUGCCUCGGGGCUGCGAGGACCGUCGCUCGCACCUCCUGCCCCUGCCGCACCCGCGUCUGUGCCCGCACUAACUUCCUGCCACGUCGCCACGGUGCCCAAACCCGUUCGGCCCCUCCCGACCCCGGUGGCGCCGCCUACCCACACACAGCACCCUGCCGUGUCCUGUGCCGAGGAGGCAUUGCUGCAGAAGCUGCGCUGGGCUGCGCAGGAGCUCCAGCAGUCCACUUCGGUAGAAGCUAGUGCCCAGCUGUGCGGCCUUAUCCGCAGCUGCGCAGAGUCCCUGCGUAGCCUGAAGGAACUGCAACAGCCCUGACGCUGGUUCCCCUAGACGUCACGUUGCCCUUUUCUUCCCCUUUUUAAACGUGGUAUUACAACAGGAAUAUGUCGGAUCAUGCCGAUCCAUGCUCCCCAAAGCUGGAACAAGCUCUCCUUCCCAGGAAAGGGGAACCUUCAAACAAGCCGUGUGCUGACCGGUCAUGGUGCUGGUGCUUUGAAGCUACUGCUGUUUCUGUGGUAGAGCUGCAUAAUGUCUCUUUUAUUUGUAAGACUGUCACUUUAAGAGCAAAGGAGAGGCCAUUGUAAUGUUAGGAAACGUUUUCCCAUAAUGCCGAGUCAUACCAAUACACCUAUUUAAAGUUAUUAUUAAAUUUAAUGGUGGAGCUGUUUUCAGUCCUGAAGGAAAGCUGUGUUCUAAUGAUUAGUUCCUGAUCGUUUACUUGUACUGUUAUGAAGAAAUAACUGUAGUAGAACAGCAAACCAUAGAAAAUCUCCCAGAUAUUAGACUGAGAUUCACACCCAGCGCACAGUUUAAUCGAGUCUCCCUGUAGCUACAUUGUACAGCUUGUUCCGGAUUAAAAGACGCGAAUGUGUUGGUCGGUUCCUUGGUGAAAUUCACAUCACACGCCCUGCCAAUAAACUGCAACUUCACCGUUGUUUUGGAACUUUA